UAUCUCCCCCAGCUUUGCUGCACAAGAUCCUGACGGAGAGCCCGACGGCGAGGAUCACCAUCCCCGACAUCAAGAAGGACCGGUGGUACAGCAAACCCCUCAAAAAGGGCGUCAAGCGGGCUCGCGACAAAGCCACCUACUCCACCUCGCAGCCGGAGCCCGGCACCGGCGGGACGCUCUGGGAGAGCGGGGCGAGCAUCGACAAACUGGUCCAGGGCAUCAGCUUCUCCCAGCCCGCUUGCCCUGAGCACAUGUUGGUCAACAGCCAGCUCCUCGGCACCCCGGGCUCCUCCCAGAGCCCGUGGCAGCGGCUGGUGAAGCGGAUGACGCGUUUCUUCACCAAACUGGACGCCGACGGCUCUUACCGCGCCCUGAAAGAGGUCUGUGAGAAGAUGGGGUACGGCUGGAAGAAGAGCUGCACCAACCAGGUCACCAUCUCGACCACGGACAGGAGGAACAACAAACUCAUCUUCAAGGUGAACCUGGUGGAGAUGGAGAGCAAGAUUUUGGUGGAUUUUCGCCUCUCCAAG